GUCUGUCAUUUGGCUCAUCCUUCCGGUCUGCAGCACACGCACUCCACACUCUAGAUUGGGACAGCUGGGUGGGGGCCGGGAUGAGCCGGCCUGCUCUUAGCUACAGAUUUGAGAAAGUUUCGUAGUGAACGGAGGGGGAAACACGACUUUUGGUUGCUCUGAGGACCACUCCCAAAGGGACGCAGUAGACCUAUUUCUUUCAAGAGACGGGAAGGGACAGGGAACUGGCAGUGUCCGCCAUCUUGGUGAAGGCAAAGGAAGGCGCCGGGAGCUGCGCGGUGGUCGGCUCUGCCAGCUCAAAUGCGUCAUAUUAAUAAAGAGAAAAGGAAGGUCGAAACUUUCUUGCGCCCCACCCUUCAUACACACCCCUUCUGUCUACCCCGCUGUCACCACUAAACUCGUGGGUCCUUCGCCUGCCUCGAUUGUUAAGCCUCUGCCUGAAGGAAGCUUAGCAGCCAGUGCCUCGGAACAGGCUUAAAAUAGCGCCGAAUGAGGGGCAAGGGAAAUGCCGACCAAUUGCGCUGCAGCAGGCUGUGCUACUACCUACAACAAGCAUAUUAACAUCAGCUUCCACAGGUUUCCCAUGGAUCCUAAAAGAAGAAAAGAAUGGGUUCGCCUGGUUAGGCGCAAAAAUUUUGUGCCAGGAAAACACACUUUUCUUUGUUCAAAGCACUUUGAAGCCUCUUGUUUUGACCUAACAGGACAAACUCGACGACUUAAAAUGGAUGCUGUUCCAACCAUUUUUGAUUUUUGUACCCAUAUAAAGUCUGUGGAACUAAAAUCAAGGAAUCUUUUGAAGAAAAACAACAAUUGCUCUCCCCCUGGACCAUCUAAUUUAAAAUCAAACAUUAGUAGUCAACAAGUACUGCUUGAACACAGUUAUGCCUUUAGGAAUCCUAUGGAAGCAAAAAAGAGGAUAAUUAAACUGGAAAAAGAAAUAGCCAGCUUAAGAAGAAAAAUGAAAAUUUGCCUACAAAAAGAACGUAGAGCAACUCGAAGAUGGAUUAAAGCUACAUGCUUGAUGAAAAAUUUAGAAACAAAUAACGUAUUACCUAAGGGCACAUCAGAACACAUUUUACCAACUGCCUUAAGCAGUCUUCCUUUGGAAGAUUUCAAGAUUCUUGAACAACAUCAACAAGAUAAAAUAUUACCAAUUCUCUAAAUCUAAAAAAAAAACCCAACAGUACCUUCACUGAAGUAUCUUGCACAGAACUUGAUGCCCAUCCACUAUUCUUUUCAGAGGUAAAGAUAUUUAUGGCAAAAUUGAGUAUUUAAUAAAGUUUUACUUGACGUAACAUUAUUACUAUAUAAUUUAUGAAGACUCCAAAAAAAAAUCUUUUAUUUGAGAAUGAAUGGAAGUGCCUUACGUGAGAAUUAUAUACUUAGAAAUUUUGCUAGGAAGUUGUAUGUUUGCAAGGUUUUUGUGUUUGUCUUUUUAAACUACUGUUAAAAACAGCCUAUCACACAUAAUAUGUUUAUAUUUUAAAACAAAGAUUUUUCCUGUACCAAAGCUGAGGUGUUACACUCUAAAUAAGAUGCCAGAUACUAAUUAAUCACAUUAAAUGUGACCUUAUAACUCCUGUAUUCUGUUUUAUUGGCACUGUGGUUUCAAAAUUUAUAGAAGAAAGCCUGAGCUACAGGGAAAGUUAUUUAAACUUUCUGUAUGCCUUUUACCAUUAAAAGUAAGCUUAUCAUGUCUUCUCAUAAGACUACUAGAUCUAAAAAUGAGUUGUAAAAUGUUUUGAAAAUAAUAAAGUACCUUUGAAUCAUUCGAACUAGGUAAGGCUGCAGGUACCUCAGACUACUAAAAGCUUGUAGCUAAUCAUACUCAGCUUCUAAGAAAACAUUGUGAAAUAAUUCAGAGUUCAGAACCUAGCUUUUACCUUAAUAAAACAUAUAUUUGUACUACUCUUUUUUCUUAUAAUAAAAUUACUGAAUUUCCAACUUCAAAGCUGAUACAUUAAUAAGCAAACAUAUUACCAAGUUUCUUGUUAGGCAUACCCCUCAGCUUCCAUGUGUUUUGUUGCCUUUAACUGCUUUAUCUCAGAAACAGCAUAUAAAUAUAGCGAGCUACUUUCCCCCUUCAUACACCCACAGAAAAAUUUAAUCAAGUACGUAUAAUAUUGUAUCUUCAUAAUUACAACUUAAACUGUAAUCAAUUUAUCUUACACAUAGUUUUCUUUUUCUCCCUCUCUUUCUCUUUAAUGAAUCAAACAGCAAUCAUAAUACAUAAGGGAAAUGAAAUAUAUUCUUUAUAAAAAAUACAUGUGUCUAUUAUAAAACUAUGCAAAUAGUAAUUAUUUUAUAAAAUAGAAGUAUCGGAACCAUUCCUAUGGUUGCCAUUUGAAUUAAAGGACUUGCCUUAGUUCACCAAAUGUAUAAGAACUCUUUCCUCCAAAAAGCUUUGGUAAAAUGUAAAAAUUUAUUAAUAAUGUAAUCAAGUUAUUUAAUCCCACUUUGUGAUAUUACCUAUGAAAACAGCAUAUACCUAAUGAUAAAUUACUGUAAAUCUUUCCUAUAAAGAUAUGGCCUUGGGCCAGGGAUUUAGCUCAGUGGUUCCGGCACCUGCCUUGCAAGCGCAAGGUCCCAAGUUUAAUCCCUGGUACCAAAAAAAAAACCAAGAUAAUGGCCUUUUUUGCCAACAGUUUGGAUAGCCUCUUUUUUUCUUUUAAAUGGGAUUUGCUUGGAUCCUAGCAGCAAUCUUUUUACUGUAUUAGCACUUUUUCUUUUGUACUGGGUGGGGAUUGAACCCAGAGCCUCACGCAUUGAACCAGAGCGACCAAGCCCUUGGUCACUGAGCUACAUCCCCAGAACUUAUUUUAAGACAGGGCCUCACCAAAUUGCCCAGACUAGCCUUGAACUUGCAGUCUUUCUGCCUCUGCAUCCUGAGCAGCUAGGAUUACAAAUAUAGGCAUGGGCCACCAUGCUUGGCAGCAUUCUUUCUUUCUAGUAAGAAAUGUCUUCCAAGCAAAUGCAAAAGUGGGAAAAGUCGCUUUUAGUUCACAUGAGAUGUUUAUAACAUAUUUAUUAAAAUCCUUUGCAGAUGGUAUAAACUUAAGUCAUUUUAUCUUAAGUACUGAAUAUAGUUACAUAGAAUUAUCACUGCAUAUUUUUUUCUAGUAUGAUUUCAAAUAUCUAUAUAAUCUCACAUAUCAGUAUAUAAUCAUGAGCAAACAUACACUGGUCGUACCUACAUUGUAAUUCAAAAUAAGUUAGGCAAAUAAUCAUUUAAACAUAAACUAUUUUCCAAGUGUAGACUUUCAUAUAGUUCACCCUCUACCUUAAAUACUAAACACUAAUUAAUGCAGCCUAGUUCCUAUCUAUAAUUUUCUCGGGAACAUAAAUAAAAAACACAAUAAGCUUUUACAAAGUUACUUAGUGUUCACUGAUUAUUUGACAUCAUUGAAGAAACUACCCCUCAGUAAUUUUAAACUAUAUUUAUUGUGUUUUCUCUGUGUCAUUUUGUUACUGUCCUGAUAACAUACUCUGAACCCUCUUUGUAUCAAAUUGUUUUAUUAACAUAGAUCUGUCUCUAGCUUCAUUCAUGGAGAAAUACCUAAAAGGAAUUUUUUUAAAUCCUUUUUCAUUUUGCUGAUAAGAUUUUGUAGCACUCUGACAAUAUAAAAUAAAACUAAUCGAAACUAUAAUUCUUUUUCCUCAACUGGACACAUUGAACAACUUUUUUCAUUCAUUCUGUAUACUGGCCACUAACUACAAAGAAGCAACCGCAGGCCAGGCACUUGUUAUAAACAUGAAUAUUGGGCUGCAGGAUGUAGCUCAGAAGUACAGCACAUGCUUAGCAUACAUGAGAUCCUAGGUUCAAUCCCUAGCACUAAAAAAAGAAAAGAAAAAAAAAGGAUGAUUUUCUGCCUUUACAUUGCUCAAAGUCUCCUUAGAGAAACGUAAUAUGUAUUAUACAAUAUAUUAGUGUUAAAAAAGAAAUAGAUGCAGUGUACUUUGGUAAACACUGUUGAAUUGGAUCUCAAUGAGAAUAUACAAACUUUGAGACCUUUUUAUAAUCAAAUACUUUUCUUUGAAAUAAUGAGUUAUCAGGGCUGAGGAUGUAGCUCAGCGGCACAGCACCUGCCUGGCAAGCACAAAGCCCUGAGUUUGAUUGCCAGUACCAAAAAAAAAAAAAAAAAAGUUAGCAAAGAAAGUAGGACAGUGGAGGUUGACUGGAAUGUA